AUGAGAUCCAACGUGGAGCUAGUAUGGCCAAAGUCAGAGGCAUAUUCGCCACGGGUGAACAAUUGCUCACAUGCAAAUUCAUCCCUAGCUGCAAUUCGAGUGAAGUUGAGUGCUGAACAAUUAGAAGAAUUCAAGACAUCAUACUUUGGCCAUCUUCUAAAUAUAUAUAAGAUUCAGUUUAGCGGGCAGAUUGUGCAUGGGGUUGUGUUGCGUAGAGUAGUAGGGCAGGGUGUGAAAGACUUGGAUGGACUGAGUUUCUUAAUAGGGUGCGACGUUGCUCAGUUCACUCGUCAGGAUUUCUGUUUGAUUAUAGGGCUUUGUUUUGGGGAAGUGCCUGAAGUUUCCAGUGGAGAAAGUGAUGAAAUUAGACUUCAGAAAAGAUAUUUUAUAGACGAAGGAAUUACAUGUAAUGCUUUAGAAGAAGCAUUUCUGAGGUGCACAAAGGAAGAUGACAUCUACAAACUAGCUCUUGUUUACUUUGUUGAGUUAGUGGUUUUGGGAAGGGACAAGCAUUUGAACAUCAAUCUAAAUUACUUGACCCUUGUAAAGGACUUGGAUGCGUUCAACAGGUAUCCGUGGGGUUUGGUGUCCUUUGACAAAACCCAAGACAGUCUAUUUUCUGCACCAACGAAGUAUGUGAAAAGCUUUGAAAAUGAAGAGGGAAGAGGGAAGGGGAAAAGUAAGGUAACGGGAACAAGCCGGAGAAAUGAGAAGGGCAAGAAGGAUAAGCAUGGUGAAGUGCAAAGGGGUGGCUGGAGUUUUAAAGGUUUCACGUAUGCUUUCCAGAUUUGGGUAUAUGAAUUAAUUCCUAGAAUGGUGGACCUGAAUUACUGCAAGGUUGUUGAUCCGACAGCUCUUCUGCGUAUUUUGCGAUGGAGAACUACUAUGUCUGUUCCCGAUAUGAGAAAGUUGAACAAUUAUUUUUUCCAGAGCAAAGAGGAUUGCCCUGCUGUUGUCUCGGCAGAGUCAAUUCCUUUUUCAUGUGCUGACCUUGAUGAGUUGAACAAGGUGGUAAGCUUGUUGAGGUCUGAGUUUCAAGUAAAGCGGGAAAAGGAUGUUCUUGAGUUAAAGGUCAUACGGAUGGAAAAACUUUUGGAUCACUGUUUAGGUCCUCAGUUUGAGCAAGAAGUAAGGAGGGACCUAGCUUUACUGAAAGAGAUGACAAAUCGUUGUGUCAUCUCACAUCUAUUUAACAGAAGUGAGGAAAUGGAUGACAUUCGAUGGGAUGAAGGGCCAAGUAACAAAUUUGAGGGAGAGGAAAAGGAAGAGGAGGAGGGGAUUGAAGGGGGUGAAGCGCAAAGAAAACGAAGUGAGGUAGAGGAAGCUCAAAGGAAAAGAAGUGAGGGAGAGCAAGUGAAAAUAAAAAGCAUCAAGGGAGAGGAAGCACAAAGAAAGAGCAGUGAGGGAGAGUAA